AUGCGGACCCUCCACCUCAACCCCGCUCCACAGCUCGCCACAGCGCCCCCGGGCCCACGGGCCCCCAGGUGCCAUGCUCCAGACACCAGCCUAAGGAAGUCCUGUGGGAUGGCCACCCCGGAGAACGGCUUGGGGCCUGGCUUGUACGUCCUGCCAUCCACUGUGGGCUACAUCAACCACGACUGUACCAGGGUGGCCAGCCCUGCCUACUCGCUCUUCUGGAGGCCCAGCAAAGCAUCUCCACGGGACGCCAGCCCCGGGCCAGUCUACUUCCUGGACCCAAACGUCACCCGGUUUGGCCGGAGCUGCAGCCCCGCCUACUCCAUGCAGGGCCGGGGCAAGUCUCGGGGUCAGGAGGUGACACCAGGCCCUGGCACCUACAGCCCAGAGAAGGUGGCUCCUGUGCACCAGCGGACACCCCCAGCUUUUACCCUGGGCUCCCGCUUGCGCCCUCAGUCCCUGGACACCUCAGCCCCUGCCCCUAACACCUACACUCUGCCAUCCCUCUGGGGCUCCCAGAUCUUCAUCAAGCCCAGCAGCCCCAGCUACACCGUGGUGGGCCGCAAGCCCCCUGCCCGCCCCCCACAGGACCCUGCUGAGAUACCAGGGCCGGGCCAGUAUGGUAGUCCGGACCCCAGUGCCUACCGGCAGCGCCAGCCAGCCUUCACCAUGCUGGGGCGGCCCCGCGCCCACCCACCCCCAGCGGAGACACCCGGGCCUGGCAGCCACAGCCCUGAGCAGGUCACGGUGACGAAAGCCAGAGCCCCAGCAUUCACCAUGGGCAUCCGCCACCCCAGACAGGCUGCUGCCAUGGCUGCAGACACCAUGCCAUGA